GUGUAAAUAUCCUGCUGUAGUGACGUUGCCGCCGUAGCGUUAUGUCAACAGUACUCUGCGCAUGCACGGACUACCGGACAAGAUGGCGACCAGCAAUGGUGGAGGAAUGGAGGUGGAUGGGGCAGCCAGCCCCGGUGUCAUGGCCUCAGGAGUCACUGGAAGUGUGUCCGUAGCCUUACAUCCUCUGGUUAUUCUCAAUAUAUCCGACCACUGGAUACGUAUCCGCUCACAGGAAGGAAGACCAAUGCAGGUGAUUGGAGCUUUGAUCGGGAAACAGGAGGGUAGAAACAUUGAGGUGAUGAACUCGUUUGAGUUGCUGUCUCACACCAUAGAUGAUCGAGUGCUUAUUGACAAGGAAUAUUAUUACACCAAGGAAGAACAAUUCAAACAGGUUUUCAAAGACAUGGAGUUUUUGGGCUGGUACACCACAGGAGGUCCGCCUGACCAAUCAGACAUUCACAUUCACAAACAGGUGUGCGAGAUCAUUGAGAGUCCUCUCUUCCUCAAACUCAACCCAAUGACCAAACACACUGAUCUUCCUGUUAGUGUUUAUGAGUCUGUUAUUGACAUCAUCAGUGGCGAGGCCACCAUGCUGUUUGCCGAGCUGACCUACACUUUAGCAACAGAAGAAGCAGAGAGAAUCGGAGUCGACCAUGUAGCCCGAAUGACGGCCACAGGCACAGGAGAGAACUCCACAGUCGCCGAACACCUCAUAGCCCAGCACAGUGCAAUAAAAAUGCUCCACAGUCGGGUGAGGAUCAUUCUAGAAUACGUCAAAGCUGUGGAAACAGGAGAAGUUCCCUUCAACCACGAGAUCCUUCGAGAAGCAAACGCCCUGUGUCACCGGCUGCCCGUCCUCAGCACCAUAAAAUUCAAAACGGACUUCUACGAUCAAUGUAACGACGUGGGCCUCAUGGCCUACUUAGGAACCAUCACAAAGAGCUGCAACAGUAUGAACCAGUUUAUCAACAAGUUCAACGUCCUGUACGACAGACAGGGCAUCGGCCGCAGGAUGAGAGGACUCUUCUUCUGAACGUUCGGCCUCUGGGCGGAGCCAGAGACAAACAAGCACUGCAGUUCCUCCUCCCUCUCUCUGAUUUGGCUUUGUUUAUAUUUUGGUUAACAAAGACAGAUUCUAAAAAGCCACAGUAGCUGUUUUCAAAGCAGUUUUCAGUUUCAACUUUACAUGUGCAUUACAGAGCACCAGUCAGUCGGAGACAAAUACAAAAUCAAGCAACAACAAAAAAAAUCUGUAUAUUAUUUUACCCCGAUUGUUUUAUUGUUUCUGUAUGUAAUAAAUAAUCUGCUGAUUUUCUUCAUGGGA